GACGCCACAGCUCAGACUGACGACAUUUUGCUUUUCCGUGGGCUGUCCUUCAUUGGCAACAGUUCGCAGCCUUCAGAAGUGCAUUUUUUAUCGUCAAGUGUAUUGCAAACCGGCGUCCAUUGAUCCACCAACAAUACGGUGGGCAUUUUGCUGGAGAUUAUCGCAGCCUCAAAUUUGAAAUGAGUUCACGAGGCAGAGGAUUCAACUCCCGUGGGGGUGGGGGCAACUCAUACAGAGGCCGAGGAGGUGGAGAGUGGAGUGGAAGUGGUGGAAGUGGCAGCCGGGGUGGGUUUUCAUCGUCAAGAGGUGGACGAUUCAAUAAGUACUCGGGAGGGGGCUACGACUCCCGAAGCAAGUACAAUAAUUCCAGUGGUGGAUCUGAUCGUUACGGGAGCAGAGGUGGCCGAGGGGAUCACUCCAACCACUACAAGCGUCCACGUGAUCAACCAUAUUCAGCUAGGGACGACCACAGAUCCUCCAGUGAGACCAGCCGCAAGCGCGCUAGAAACGACUCCUACCAGGGUGAAGGUAGUAGCAGCUCCCAGAGAUAUCCCUCGACAUACGGUGGUUCAGGCUCUUCCUACGACACAAAACGUCCAUCAUCAUCAGCUGUUUACGAAGAUAAAAGGCAGAGCGAUCGUUAUCAUCGUAAUGACGAACGUCAUACAUCAGCAUCAAGGAGUUAUCCAGCACCGCCACCACCUCGUAUCAGUGAAAUGGCACCACCCAAUCAACGUUACAUGAAUUCAAAUCGUGGUAGAGUAUCCCAACAAGCCACUAAUUAUCGUGGUCGUGCAUCAACACGUGCUAGAGGUAAUAAUUUUCGUUCACGUACUGAUUUAUUGGCACGUAAACGUAAUUUGACUGCCAUCGACUAUCGGAGGAAGCUGUUGACAUCACGCUCACGUGACUACAUUCAGCGAGUUCGCAUGACCACCAAAAUGCGAAGGAGCAGCGGUGCGUCUAGGAUAUCCGGGAGUAAAAAGGAGGGAGGGGGUACCAUGAAGGACAAGGAUAGGGAGUUGGCGAAGGCUAUUAAUGCGGAAUUUUCGGAUGAGGAUGAUGAGGAGAAAAAUGCGGAGGAGGAGGUCUGGGAUGAGGAGGAGAAGGUGGAGCCGGAAGAUGAGGAGGAAGAGGAGGAGGAGGAGGAGGAGGAGCCCAAGGAGAAGAAGGUGAAGGAGGGAAAGGUGAAGAAGGAGAAGAGGGGAAAUGCUGGACAGGAAAUGGGGGAGAAGGACGACGAGAAGGAGGAGGAGGCGGAGGUUAAAAUGGAGAAUGAAGAGGACGACGAAGUGGAGGACGACAGCCAAGAGAAGGGCGAAGGAGUGGAGUCGGAUGGCCUCCGAGCCCGUGGAAAGCGUUUCACAAAGCUCCAGUGUCCCCACUGUUCCAAUCGAAGUGCAACAUUCAAAGAAUACUCACUCCACUUGUACUCGGGACGUCACAAUAUCGCCAUGCGACGAAUUGCCGCACGCCACAAGGCGAACAUUGCGAGAAUGCGUGUGGUACAGAGGCAGGAGCAACGCCGUGUCGAGGAGAAGGACGAGGAGCGUGGCACCCUACCAUCACGCACAAUGUUCUGUCAAAUUUGCAAGCUCAAUUAUCGAUCGCUGAAGGCUGUCCAUCAUCUCUCAGAGUCACACAGGCAGAUGAAAAAAUUCUUGACUCCAUUCUGUCGCAUCUGCCGGAUACAAUUUCGAUCGCCGAUGCUUUAUGAGACUCAUGUUGCGUCGUUGGAUCACAUCAAGGCGAUGUUGCGAAAGAACUCUGAUGAUAAGAAGGAGAAUGGUGAGGCUGAGGGUGACUCUAGUGCACCUGAAGAGGACGAUAAGGAAGUCAAUCUUGAUAAUUUCAUGACGCUGGAUUCUGUGGGAGAUGUUGAUGCUGAAGACGGAGAGGAGUCAGGUGAGAAGAAGAAGAAAGACAAGGCUGACGAGACAACGAGCCAGGAAAACGAGCCUAAAAAAGCGAAGACAAAGCAAAUGAUCAAAGUUGGGGCUGAGUACAUUAAACGCGUUGAAGUUCAGUUCUGUGAGCUUUGCAAGGUAUAUUUACCUCGAAAUGAAAAUUCGGAGAGGGCUGUUGCCCUACAUUGCUCAACGAGGAGUCAUCUUAAACGAUACGUUCGUGACAACGACGACAAAGCCCUGCGUCGCCAGGCCGAGCGCAUUCACCUGCAGACAUCAUCGACAGCGAACACCAAGACCCCGGAGGCCCCAGCGCCCCCAGUCCCGUCGAAAGAGGCCCCAACUCCCCAACAGGCACCAGCCAAAGACACUACAACCCCAGCCCCAGCCGAAUCAUCAAACGAGACACCUCAAGCACCUGAACAAAAUCAAUCAACGACUGAACCAGAGUCCACUCAAGAAACUCAACCCAAUGAGGACGAGGAAGACGAUGGCGAUGGUGACAAACUGUGGGACGAUGUUGACAAGGACCUGGGGGACAUCCUCAGGGAGGCAGAGCCGGGAAAAUCCAGUGACGACGAGGACUCGCGUUACGAUCGUUUCAGGAAUACUGACACCAAACAGAACAAGGAGAAUGAGCAGAUGACGACUGACGAGGAAAAUCAGAAGUUAGAUGUGAAGAUCAAGGUGGAAAAGCCCGAAAAAUAAAUCAGGGGCUUGCAUUCUGCUUUUUCCUGGAGUUGAGGGGAUGAAGAAAUUUUUUUUGGGGGGAUUAUCAGGGGAGGGGGGUGAAUGAUGCUGGAAAGAAUUUUGUGAUUAAUUUAUUGGAGGUUUAUCGAAUGAAUUAAUCAUAAAACAUUAAUUACGAAAAAAUCAGAUUUUUUUUUUAAUUCAGUGAAUUAAUAAGAGCCAGAAAAUGAGGGAUAAAUUGGGUUUUUGGUGAAUAUCUUUGAUUCUGUGGGAGAUGGAGUUUUGUAAGUUUUUUUGUGGAGUGAAAUGAAAACUAUGAUUUUUUAAACGAAAAUAAAACACUGGGAGAAACGACGAUUGAGGGAACUUUUUUUUGUUGAGGGUCAAUGAGCCCUGAGGGGGGUGGAGUUGAGUUUGACCCUCAAGACCAUAUGAUCCUCAAUUAAAAUGAAAAAAGUUUCGUGAAUUGCGCUGAAUAGGAUUUCUCCUGGGGUUUUACAGAAGUUGAUGAUAACGUUUCCGUGAAUAUCUCGAAAUCUGAGCGAGAUGGCGAUAUUUUCAUAAAGGCCUUUUUUGUAGGGGCUUUCAAGAGCUACAAAAAAUGUCUCUACGAAAAUGUCGCUAUCUCCUUGGGAUUUCGAGAUGUCAAUGAAAAACUGAUGUAAAAAAAUUGAUUUUUAUCUCGUCACUUCAUUAAUAAAUUUUAAACUGAAUGAAGUUCCCCUUGAUUUGUUAAAUUGAUGAAAAAUUUCUUCAUUCCACUUGAUGAUUAAUUAUCCAGCGAAUUAAUUCGGAUUUUUUCUUAAUUUUGUACACAAAUGUGGAAGCAUUCAAUGUCAAAUCACUAGGAAGGCUACGGUACUCGUUUGGAGUGAAAGAAUUGUUUUGUGGAUUGGAUGGUAAAGAUGUAAUGCAAACACUAAUAGUUCUGAGGGGGAGUGAUGCAGAAGGAUAAAUCGAUGGGAAGGAGAAUUGAGGAAUUCUGUUGGAUCACUUGAUCACUGGAUUCUGUUCUGCUUUCGGAAUCCGAAAGAUACUUUUCACAAUUUCACCGAGGAAUUCAGUUCGAGAUUAGCUCCACUCGAUUUAUUUCUAUUCUCAAUUUUUUUAAUAAUCUGCGAAGGCGAGAAAUUUGGAGAGACAUUGAAUUUUCAUACGAAUGACUUUUUCCGAGAUUCGAGGGGGACUAUUGGAACAGUAAAUGUGCGCAUAAUCAGUUAUGAUGGGCGACGAAGCUCUCUGGAUAUCCGGAGGCAAAUUUUAGAUUGUAUAAUUGAUUGAAUUGAAUUGAAUUGACUAGUGCUUGAUCUGUAGAGAAUUGGAGGACUCGAAGGGACUACAAUAAGUAAGGUAGAAAUUAAAUUCCACGCUUUGAGGAUUGAUGUAACUGAAUAAAAUAUUCACAUGUGAAGGAAAA